AUGAUCUCUGUCAGAAAAUAUUCUUUUCAUUCAAGACCUCUUUUUCUUCUUUUAUCGUUCAUUAUUAUCUAUUUUUCUCCUUCCCGCCUUUUCUCAAUUCCGUUCUUUCAUUUUUCUCCUCUAUUUUUUGUUCGUCUGCUUUUCAUUUGUUCUUUCGAUUCUCCUUUUCUCUAUCUAAUUUACUGUUCACUUUUUUUUUUUUCUUCCUUUCUUAAUUUAUCCGACUAUUUUCUCAUUCUCUUUGCUUUUCUUUCUUUUUUCUUUCUUUCUAUCUAUCUUGCUUUCUUUAAUUCGCCUAUCAAUGUUUUUUAUCCCCUCCUCACUUUUCCAAGUAUUUUUUCGUUGUCUUUGCUUCUCUUUCUUUCUUUCUUUCUUUCUUUCUUUCUUUCUUUCUUAUCUUCAUCUUCAGUUUCCGUUUCUCCCUCACUUCCUCUUUCUUUCUUUUCCUCUCUUUCUCCCCCUCUCACUUUCCUUCAUUUUUAUUUUCCUACCUUCUUUCAAUUUUCCUGUUAUUUUCUCUUUCCUUUCUUUUUCUUUCUUACUUUUUCUUGUUUUCUUUCUUUCCCUAGCCUCAUCUUUCCUUUCCGUUCCUCCCCCUCCCCCCUCUCUCUCUCUAUCUAUCUAUCUCUAUCUAUCCAUCUUUUUCUUCUUUUCGUUUUCUUUCUUUUUAUAACAUCGUUAUUUACUUUCUCAUGUCAUUUUCUUUUUCCUCUUUCUCUCUUUUUCCGAUUCACGUACACUUUCCUUUCUUUCUUUCUUCCUGUUUUUCUUUCCCUUUCUCUAUUUUUUGUUUUUCUUCCUGUCUUUCUCUCUCCUUCUCUCUCUCUCUCACUCAUUCCUCUUAGCAUUUUUCUUUUACUUUUUGCUUCUUUCUUUCAUUCAACAUUAAAGCCUUUUUAUUUCUAA